CUAUUAUUCGGUGUACUCUGACAGUCGGGCUUGUCAAUCCUUCCACAUUGACCAGUGGACAGUGAACAUCCCCUUUACUCUACGUCACCAGGUGCAAAAUAGCACCAUGCCUGGCCUCCUCGAUAUCAUCUCGGUCGGAAUGAUCGCCAUCUUCUGCGCGACCCGACCAACCCUUGCAUCCUCCAUCCCCAGGGAGAUGGCAAGCAAUAGCAGCCUCUCGGCCCUUGCCAGCGUCGAUGGCGACGAACCUACAUCUUACAAAAGAUGUGACUGGAAUUCGCAAUGCGACUACGGCUAUAUCUGUGAUCAGAAAUGCACCCUCGGCUGCGCCAACACCACCGACUGCGUUGCAGGUCAGACUUGCAAGGAUUUCCGAUGCCAUACGGAGGAGGACGUGCCCUGUGGCCCUUUUGGUUCGAUUUGUGGGAAGAAUGAUGAUUGUUGUUCUGGGCAGUGCAAGAGGAUCUGGUUUAUCUGGAUCAAGAAGUGUCAGCAUGAGGUGCGGCGGGCUCAGAACUUGGGUGUCUGAUUGAAUGCGGUGUGUUGAUCAACUUUUGCUAGUCUCUUUGAUGCGCGGGAUAUUCCAGGCGUUGUAUAAUGCCAGUCAGAGUGGUUUGGGGAGGGUGUUAUUUUUAUGGUGUUAGCCAGUGGACUCAUGGUUAAACAAUG